ACGUCAAAAAUGGACUGAAAUUUUCUGCAGUGUUCACAGUAAUUUACGUAAAAAAUAAGCAUCUAUAAAAAGGAAUUAGUCAUUUAUUAGUAGGAAACGAGUGAUAAAAAGACAGUUUUUGUGUCCAGUGCGGAAGGAACAGUGACAAGUGUUGUAAUGUCCCUGUUUUUCUGAUGCGAGACACAUCGAUAUUUUGAUUUUUCUGAGCCAGUCCACCGCGCGCAUGGCCUCCGUGUGGAAGCGGCUCCAGCGCGUCAACAAGCGCGCCGCCAAGUUUGAGUACACCGCCUCCUACCACCGCGUGGAUCUCGACACCUCGCCCAAAUGGAAACCAAACAAACUAUCGAUCGUGUGGACGCGGCGCUCGCGGCGGGUCAUCACGGAUCCGGUCCAAUGGGAGCCAUCUUUGAAGGAUCCACUCAAAGGCAGUGUUAUGUUUGCGGUACCGGAGAACCGUUCGGUGGCGGUGACUCUAUUCAAAGAUGCUCGCACGAACGAAUUAGAAGAUAAGGACUGGACCUUCGUACUAGAAGAUGUCUCCCCGACUGGAAAGCGCCGUCGUCUCGCCGUAUGCGCCAUCAACAUGCGGAAAUACGCCUCCCUAGAACCUUCCCAACGGGCCUUAGUUCUAACCUUAGAACCGACGACACAAAAGAUACAGUCAGCAUCAUUGCAUCUCACUUUACACUGUGUGCUGCUACGGGAGGGACAGGCUACAGACGAGGACAUGCAAUCCCUUGCUUCACUUCUUUCUGUCAACAACAAUUCGGAUAUCGCGGUGCUAGAAGAUUUAGACGAAGAUGAUUACACACUUUCUGAUAACUCCACAAGACAGAUGUCCGAUCUCCGUCAGCAAAUGGAAGAGAUGACCCACAGUCUCACCAACAGCGACAUCGCCGCCACCCCUAACAGCGUCCAGAGCUUACGCUUCGACGAGCGCACCCCCACCGCCCCCGCCACCCCCGCCACCCCUCUCACCUCCCUCACCGAUCAAACCCCCACUAACGACUUAAAAAUUGUAGAAACCUUGAGAAAACCUGAUUUCCUAACUAAAACUUUUAAAAUUGAACCUAAAAUGACUUCAACUCCCAAACCGACCACACCGCAAGAAAGUUUCAAGAGCGUAGUUUUCAAACCGAAGAUGGUGUCGAGAUUGAACCUUAAGCCGUUGGAUUUAAAGUCCAAUUUUAAUAGUAUAGGGCUGGAUAGGAAUGAUAAUGAGAAGGAUGAUGAGAAAACGCCGACGGGGGAGGAGAAGAUUGGGAGGAUUGAUAAGGAUAAAACUCCGGUACAAGACUUACUAGAAUGGUGUCAGACGGUGACAGGGGAAUACAAACAGUGUCGGGUGACCAACUUGACCACCAGCUUUCGGUCCGGGCUCGCGUUCUGCGCCAUUAUUCACCGCUUCCGGCCUGAUCUUAUUGACUUCUCUGGCCUACAACCUGAUGAAAGUGAACAAAAUCUUCGAGUAGCUUUAGAAGCUAGCGCUACGCUCGGAAUCUCGCAAGUUUUGACAGCGGCUGACGUGUGCAAAAGCAAACCUGACAGGCUAGCGAUAAUGACGUACCUAUUCCAACUUCGGGCGCAUUUCACUGGCAACGAAUUACAAGUAGAACAAUUAGGCAAUGAUGAAACGGAGUCAUCAUAUCUAGUCGGUCGACACGACACGGACGGGUCGCUACCACGAGACCUGUUCAGUAGAGAAAUUAGCACGAGAAGGUCUAAGAAUAUGGAGAACCGACCGAGGCCUGGGUCACAAGUUUCACAGGAUUCUCAAGUAUCGGUCCCAUCGCGUCAUUCACAAGAACGAUAUACGCCCGACAAGCCAGCGCCACCUAUCACGUCCCCCGCCCCCGCGCCCGCCCCCGCCCCCGCCCCCGCACAGCGCACCCGCCUCAUGACGCGCAAGGAGCUCACCGACCCGUUCGGGUCCGACGACGAGGACGAGCCCUCCGCCCCCGCGCCCGCGCCCGCCCCCGCCCCCGCCACCGCCACGCUCACUAUCAACACGUUCACCAGGCUUGCUGAUGAAACCCCAGAAAAACCAAAAAUAGAACCGGCCACAACGGACCCGCUACAGAUCACAGAAAAGUCAGAAACAGACAAGCCACUCGUAAAAGAAACCUCGCCAGACCUGCCCAAACCCACGCCGCAAUUGUUGUCGCGUCACGAUGAGCUUAAAGAGCGAGCGAGACAGCUGCUUGAGGCUACGAAGAGAGAGGCAAGAGCGAAAGAGAAGAAACGACAGGAGUUGAAGGAGAAAGAUGAAAAGGAACAAGUUAAUGGGAUUAGGAAUGGAGAUUUGAGUCCAACAAAGCCAAUGACAGAAGAGGAGAGACAACAAAUGCUACGAGAGCGAGCGAGAAAACUGAUAGCCAACGCGAGAGCUGGUAUUGUUAGUCCAACAUCACCAACUGGCUCUGUUCGGUCACCGCGGGGUACGGUGGAGAUCAUUAGCAAGCAAUCCGUCAUGGACGAAAUCGCUGCAGAUUUACUAAUGUUCAAUGGCAAUGGCACAGUGGGUGGCGUGGAACAAUUAGAAGCAAUGCUGUCUCAGAGCUCACACUCCAGUCCUGGCUCUAGAAAGAGUGCUAGUCCGGAUCGGUCGGAGGGUUCCGUGGGAUCUCGUUGUCGCUCGCCACUGCCGCUCGCGGCGUUACUUGACAAUGCGAAUGCGGAAGAGGGCCGAGAAACGGGUUCUUAUAUUCAGAGCGAGCUAGAAGCGUUAGAAAGAGAACAAAGCGCCAUUGACGAGAGAGCAGCAGCUUUGGAGAAGCAAUUGCGAUGUGUGAUGCAGAGCGCAGAUAAUACAGAGGAAGAGGACAGACUGAUGUCUCAGUGGUUCAACCUCGUGAAUAAAAAGAACGCCUUACUGAGGCGGCAGAUGCAACUUAACAUUCUUGAACAGGAAGAAGAUCUCAGCAGGCGAUGUGAACUGCUCGCAAGAGAGUUGCGACUCAGUUUAGGCGUCGAGGAAUGGAGAAAAACGGACGGACAGAAACGGCGGGAGCGACUCUUACUACAGGAGCUGCUGUCGGCUGUCAACGAACGUGACAGGCUGGUGCAAGAGAUGGACGAACAAGAGAAAGCGAUAGCGAACGACGACGAAAUAGAACGCAACCUAUCCCAGGUUGAGAUCCAGCGGAAAAACAACUGUAUCUUACAGUAAAUUAAGCUUAAUAUCGCUUGAAUUGUACACAGUGACUUAAUACUUUAUAGCGGUUUAAAACCGCGCUAUGUCCAUUUUAAUGUAUUCAUUUUACAGUCAGUCGCAGUGCGGGCGCAGCAUGAUUAAAUUUUUAUCGCCUGUCACUAUUUUUGUCACGUGUUGUUAGAACGUGACAAGCGAUAGAAAAGCGACCGUGCUACCGCCGCUGGACAUUGUGACAAAUACGUGAUUCGUUUAGAUAUUUUUGUCCGUUCAGGGACGUUUAUAUGUUUAUGACAUGACUGACAGUAAAUUAUCGAUAAAACGAUACGAUGAAUGAAUGUUAAUAUAUUUUUCCUUUUUUAUUGUGGGACGUACCACAGCUAGUGACGUCGUCACAGUUGCAAUGACUGAAUUCGCAUUGAUUGACGGAUGGUCACUAGGAGGAUAUAACCAAACGAAGUAGCCAUUAACAGGCGUUCCCCUCUGUCGAAAAUAGUCGGCCAAUGGUCAUACACAAUGUAUGGACUGAAGUUUAUCUGACAUGGCUAUUUGUACGUUACAUACAUUUGACGUUCCCCUCCCCCGCAAAAAUCGGCAGACUUUUUUGUACAGAAAGUUACAGACAAGGCGUCUCCGUUUGGCUAUAUCCUCCUAGGAUGGUCAGCUGGCGCAAUUGGUAACGCAUUGGACCGGCAAUCCGAGGAUGUGGGUUCGAGUCCCUGACCAAAGUUGAUCAUGGUUGUUUUUUUUUCAUUGUGAUUGACAUCUGUAUAUACAAUUUAUAGAUACGAUAUUUGACAAAAUACAGACUAUUUUUUGUUCAUGUUUAAUUUGGAAAUCGUUAAAUUAAAAAUAACUAAAUGUUUGUUUUUAUCCGUGUUCGUAAAUGUUUGAUUUUCACCAUUUUAAGUGUAUUAGCAUUUGAUUAUAACAGUCGACAGUGAACAAAUUAAAAAAAAAAUCACAUAAGUGCAGUCUUAACAUAGUCUCAUGUGACUAUUUCAUACAGAAUUUUACUAGGAUUAUAAUUGUGUCGUUUUCAAGCAAAAGGUACCUCAUUGUCGCUUGCCAUAAGGACGCUGUGGCAGGUUUUUCGUACAAAUAUAUAAGCAAUUUUCGUGCUUAUGGUAAGCGACAAUGUGGUACCUUUUGAUUGAAAACGUAUCAUUUUAUUCGUAAACCAAUUAUCUAUAACGCAAAUUUCGACGAUGUCGAUGCUUCGUGGUAUUGCAAAAGCAGUUAUCACUUAUCAAUCUUAUCAUAUACCUAUGUAUGAUGAAAUUAUUUUGCGUAACAUUGACUUGGUUGUUCGACUAUCUUCAGGGUUUUUUAAAUCCUUCGCCAAAUUCUGUCAUGUCAAUAUGUGGGUCAUACUUAACAAUUUUCACUAUGAGAGUAACCCGAAACACGUGAAAAAAUUUGCUGUCCCAUUCACAUCAUAGAUCAACAGUAUAAUUAUUCUAUUUUUGCGAUUUCUGUGUUGUCUAAAAUUUGAUCAGUAGUAUGACCUAUAAAUUCACAUCUCAAAAUAUGCCCAUGGGUUGAAAAAACACUUUAUACGAUAUGAAGUAAAUGUGGUGCAAUAACUCUCCUACAGGAGGUAUUGAAGUCCAUUAGCAUAGGUUAGUUUAAAAAAUCGAGAAUAAAAAUCUUCGGUAAUUUGAGCCUUAUAAUUAGGUGCAUAGGGUUUCAUUUUCUUACAUAACUGUCAAAGUUGAUCUUAUUCUCAAGUUGUGUUUUACCUGACCUUUUUGCCGCCAGACUUGAUAUAAAGAGAGUACAUUUUGCUCCCCACAUGCCACGACUUGAUACAGUACCUAUAUGUGCCAUUCUCAAUCAAAAGGGUACUUAUGUUC